AUGCAUAGGGUAUUCGGUAGGCCAUCGAAUUCGACCAAGGCACCGCCAAGCCUCACAGAUGCCGCUGCUAACAUUGACUCCCGUAUAGAAACGCUCGAUAAAUCAAUUGGUCUUAAACGGGGCGAGAUUGCGAAACUCCAGUCGCAAAUGCGGGGAAUGCGUGAAGGACCUGCAAAGAAUUCACUUAAAAGACAAGCCUUGACUAAACUAAAACAAAUGAAGGCUUUAGAGGCUCAAAGGGAGACUCUGUCCAACCAAAGCUUCAACAUGGGUCAGGCCAGUUUCGCUCUACAGAAUGUAAAGGACACCCAAACGACUGUCAAGGCAAUGAAACAUGGAGUUAAAGAAUUUAAGAAGGAAGCUAAAAACAUGAAGUUAGAUGACAUCGAGGAUCUACAAGACGAUCUCGCUGACAUGCUUGAGCUUAAUGAUGAAUUUGGAGAAGCUCUUGGUCGCUCAGUCAUGCCGACUACUAUCGACGAAUCAGAGUUGGAUGCUGAGCUGGAGGCCCUUGGUGCUGAAGCCGAUCUGGAAGGUUUUCUCGAUGCUGACACGGCACCCUCCGUUCCCAGUGCAGACAUUGGUUCCUCUAUCUCCGUUCCAAACGCUCCGAACGCUGCGGCUAGUGGUAAUGUUCCUUUGGAUGAAUUUGGGCUCCCCCAAAUUUAA